UUAAAAAAAAAUUGGAGCUGUUUGACCACGAGGACAAAAGACCGGAAAACCCCCUAGGGUUUUCUGCACGAAAGAUUCCGCACCACACACUCCACUCUUCACCGAAAAUGGUGAAUCCUCUUCCUGACACUGACGCACUCCAACAACAACCUUUCGGCAAAGCAACCCCAGUCGAGGUCAGCAGCGACGAGGAAGGCUUUCGAGGCGCCUGGUACUUGGCCACAAUUCUCGAAUUCCCUCCCAAAUCCACUUCCAAGAAACGCAAGAAGGCCUUGGUUCAGUACAAGACUUUGCUCGCCGAAGAUGGCUCAUCCCCUUUGACUGAACACGUCGACCCCGCUUUUGUACGGCCGUUGCCGCCUCAAGAGAAGGAGGAGGAUGGUCAAGUGUUUGAGGUAAACGACGUCGUUGAUGCGAGGUAUAGAGAUGGGUGGUGGACUGGGGUUGUGAGAAGGGUUUUGGAAAAGUCGAAAUAUAGGGUUUAUUUUGAUAAUCCUCCCGAUGUUAUUGAGUUUGAGAGCAAAGAUUUGAGGGUUCAUUGGGAUUGGAUCGAUGGCAAAUGGGUUCGACCUGAAAAGCAGCAAUCAACAGGCUCCAUUUUUAGCUCAGGGACAGCAGUGGAGGUAAGUAUUGACAAAGAAAGUAUACGUGAUGUUUGGUUCCCUGCAUUAGUCAUAAAAGAACUUGGGGAGAAUAGUUUCUUGGUGAAGUAUCAGAGCUCAAGGAACGAUGAUGAGUCUGGGACAGUAAAAGUUGUUGUAGAUUCCCUCCAUAUCAGACCCACUCCUCCUCGUUAUGCAGAUAGAAAUUAUGAGUUGCUGGAAAGAGUGGAUACAACAUAUAAUUUUGGUUGGCGAAGUGGAGUAAUUACCAAAGUUCUUACUGGAAGAAGGUACAAUGUGUUUUUUAAGCAUGGAAAUGAGGACAAGGAACUCACUCACACAGAUAUAAGGCCUAACGUUGAAUGGAUUAAUGGCAAAUGGGUUAGUAAAUCCAAGGAAGUCUUAAUUGCUUCUGAAGAGCAAGAGCAGAUAGGAAAUGCUCACUGUGGUACUCAGAACCCCGUGGUGGCUGGAGAACAUGGAAGUUUGUUUGCCACAAAGGAUAGCACUGAAGAUAAGACUCCUUUGACAAGUAUAAGCAAGAAUUUUAUGGAGCAGCCAACUCCCGCUGAUGAAAACAAUGCUUUGCUCUCAAGCAAGAAGAAGAUCAAACUAGAAACACCUAAUGGCAACACUUUGCGCUCACGCCCUUCUAAAAAGUCAACCGAAGGAAACACAGUGGAGACACGAUCAUCAGUCUCAGGCGAUCAGUUGAAAGAUAUGCUUAAUGAAACAUCAUGUAAAGAAGGUACUCCAAAGACUGGUGGAACAGGAACUAGAUUAACGAAGAAAACUGUGAUUGUAGAUCAGCCUUGUGCUAAGAGUGAGAGCCCUUUGACAGGAAGCACAACUCAAACUGCUUCGAAUGACUGCCUUUUCUGUCAACAUCACCGUUCUAACUGGAAGACUAAGCGGCAGAAAGUCAGUUCAGUUGACAGUAAAAUAAGUAACCUUGUGAAAAGGAAUGUAAGAGCUAGAAAGUCACCAAGUGAAGGUCCACAGGUUUCGACAGCAGGCAAGGAGGGAAUUACAGGAACUGCUGAAGAAAUUAACGAAGGAGAGGUUAAAACGAAAGAAGUUGAAAUGCCUAUCAUCUUAGGAUUAACAGCAAAGUCCACAAAGACUUCACAGGCUGAAAAUUCUUUUCAGAUUCCUAAUGAUGAAUCUCUGAAGCUAAAGGGGGAUCCAAAGAAUAGCGUAAAUGAUUCAGUGGGAAAUGAGAACAUGGAAAUAAAGGAGCAGAAAGUUGGAGUAAGCAAUCAGAAAAGGAAGAGGGGAAGACCACGUAAAUCUGUAGUUACAAGUCCAAAGGCUUUUGAUGCUGGUAAGGAGCAAAAUCGGACUGGAGGUCUUGCUGAUGAAAAAGCUUUAAAAGAUUGUACGAGUAAUGAAACUGAAUUGUCAAAACAUAAAGGGGUGGAUUUGUCAGAUGCUUUUAAAGGAAGGACAACUGAUAUUUCUGCUUACAAAACAAAAGAGGUUCACUUGGCGAUUGCUGAUAUUUCCAACAUGGCAGAUGAGGAUCAACCUCUACGAACAUGGAUAGGAGGAAUGCACUCUUCAGUUGAUGAAGAAUCAAGACUUUCCUCUGGUAGGCUUGUCAAUGGAUGGAAUGAGGAAAGAGAAGGACUAGUUGAUGUUCCAGUAGAAUCUCUUGCAAUUGAUGCCAGAGGUAGAAGUCCAUUUGAUGAUGAUCGAAGUUUGCCUUUUGUGAAGAAAUCGCCUGUCUGGCGAACAAUUGAAUCAAUGGAUGUCUUCCAAAUUGUGCCCCAAAAACCACAUUUUCAACCUUUGGUUGGAAACAAAGAAGAGUUUAUUGAAGGAUCGGCAAUUGGAAUCAUGGUAACCUUUGCUGGUUUGUUUGAGAAGAUAUCCAUGUUGCAUUUUGAUGACCCUAGAAACACAUUUGACAGCAUUUUGGAAAGUCUUAAUGACUUGGAAAAGCAUGGAUUUGAUGUUACUUUACUUAAACAUCGCUUGAAUGAAUUACUGUCAAUCAAGGAAGGGCAAGGACAGCAUCUAGGAGAGAGAGAAAAUGCUGGAAGGGAGAUAAUUGAGAAUACAAAGGAGACAACUAAAUUUGAAGACGAGAUGGAAGAGAUUGAAAAGAAGAUUACUCAGUUACAAGAAAGACAUACUGCCAUAAAGUCAGAAAAGGAGACCAAGGAUCUUAAGAUUGCUAGUUUGAGGUUGCAAGUAGAUGUUCUAAAUGACGUUAUUCAGACCGCCUCGCAGGAUUUUAAAAAAGUAGCUACUGCCCCUUGGAAGUUGCCAUGAUUGACGGUGCACUAUUAAAGGUUUCUUGUUCAUAACAGUGAGACUUGUGGAGCACAGGUGACGAUUAUUGUUGUUAAAUAUGUGGAUGCGACUGUAGUGGUGAUUAGGUUAGGUGAUCAGUAGGGUCAUUUGAAUUAUUAGAUCUGAAUGUAUUAGUUGUUUCAUGCACAUAGCAUUUGGUCUUUGGAGUCAUGUAUGUUCAGUAAUGGGGUCUUUUUUGAGUCAAAAUGUGGACCUGUUUCCCCUAGACUAGAAAUACUGAAAAUGUGAAAUACUAACUUUUGUGGAAUCCUUUUAAUAGAGUUUCUGCAAUAUUGCUGCUGCA